CCCGACCAAAAUGUUGAGAAAUAAAAUUAGAAAAAAAGAAGUGUGAGAGGAGCUCGCGUACACAAAACCCUAACCCCCCGACUCCUCGGCGGCGGCGAUGGCGGACGGCGGCGGAGAAGGAGGACCUCCGGCGGCGGCAGUAGCGCUGAAGGAUCAGGGGAACGAGCAGUUCAAGUCGGGGAACUACCUCAAGGCCGCCGCGCUCUACACGCAGGCCAUCAAGCUCGACCCCGACAACGCCACCCUCUACAGCAACCGAGCUGCAGCAUUUUUGCAGUUGGUUAAACUUAGUAAGGCACUUGCUGAUGCUGAGACAACAGUCAAGCUGAAGCCACGGUGGGAGAAGGGUUAUUUCAGGAAGGGUUGCGUUUUAGAGGCAAUGGAGCGCUAUGAAGAGGCAAUAUCUGCUUUUCAGAUAGCUUUGCAGCACAAUCCACAAAAUACAGAAGUCUCGAGAAAAAUCAAGAGGCUUACUCAGUUGGCAAGGGACAAGAAGCGAGCUCUUGAUGUGGAGAGCAUGCGCUCCAAUAUUGACAUCGGGAAGAACUUAGAAUCACUGAAAACUGAGUUGGUUGCAAAGUAUGGAGAUGCAGAAACAGGGCAGAGUGUCUUCUCGUUUGUUGUUAAUGUGAUAGAAUCAGCAAUAAAGGUUUGGCAUGACACAGGAAAAGUGGAUCCAAGGGUUAAUUUUCUUCUCGAUGAUCAAAAUACUGAUACUGAAAAAUAUGCCCCAGUAGUUAACAUUGACAAGGCCUUUGAGUCACCCCACACUCACAGCAACUGCUUCACAUUUUUGCGGCAAUAUUCCGAGGAUUCUUUUGCGAAGGCCGCAUGUAUGGUGGCACCUAAGAGUAUCAUCUCCUACCCACAGGUCUGGAAAGGGCAAGGAUCAAGAAAAUGGAAGCUUGACCAGAGUGAUGGGUUCUUUGUACAAUUUGAAUCACCAACUCUACGGAAGAUAUGGUUUGUUCCUAGCACAACAGAAAAGGGCCGAACAUUGUGCAGGAGUCCUGAGACCUUGGACAUCAGCAUCCAUGAAGUCCUUCCCCGUAUAUUCAAGGAAACAGUUUGAGGAAGAAUGAACCAUCGAUGGCUUCAUGGUCUACCUUUGUUACAUGGUCAUUAUACGCCUGAAAACGGGGUGUAUUUUCUCAUGCCAGGUUUUGUAUCUGUAUCAGUUUUUUGUACACCGAGGGACACAAUUUUGCUGCUCUAGAGGGUUUUUACUGUAUGCAGUAAGCUUUGUAUUAUUCAGUGUAUACAAAGCCUUGUCAGGGUUGUGCAAAUCCUUUAUUUUUUCUUUUUCACUUAUCAAAUUCGGCAGUUUAUAUACUAGAUCAUCAUGCAUUGUUCUGAUUAUAGAAACAACCUUUUCAUA